GGGAACUUCCGGUCGCGGCGAGUUUAGUUCCUGCUAGAGAUGGUAAACUGAAUGCCGUAUGCACUCCGGGAGUUUGACUGCGAAAAGUACUGUGAUCCUACAUGUGGUCGAGAUGAUGGAGUCCAAAAUAAAAUAACAGAGGUGACUGAAGCACCAAGAAUCAGGACUCCAUCAAGUCGAAGGAGCCGCAACAGAAAUGGCAAACCUGAACUGGAAGCCGUUUGUCUAUGGGGGAAUGGCCUCAAUUGUCGCAGAAUUUGGUACGUUUCCCAUUGAUCUCACAAAAACACGGCUCCAGGUUCAAGGGCAGACGCACUGUAUGGAGGUCCGAUAUCGGGGAAUGUUCCAUGCUUUGUUGAGGAUUGGCCGUGAAGAAGGGGUCCGGGCAUUGUACUCUGGAAUUUCUCCUGCAGUCCUCCGACAAGCUUCCUAUGGGACAAUCAAGAUCGGUACAUAUAACACAUUGAAGAAACUGUUUGUCAGUCAUCCAGAAGAUGAGACUAUGGUGAUUAAUGUGUUUUGUGGUGUGGUGUCUGGAGUUUUGUCAUCUUCUUUGGCAAAUCCAACUGAUGUGCUAAAGAUUCGCAUGCAGGCUCAAGGCAGCCUGUUACAGGGAAGCAUGAUGUCUAAUUUCAUCAACAUUUACCAGACUGAGGGCACGCGAGGCCUGUGGAGGGGUGUAAUACCUACAGCACAGAGGGCGGCCAUCGUGGUGGGAGUAGAGCUGCCAGUCUAUGACAUCACCAAGAAGCAUUUGAUUCAUUCAGGCCUCAUGGGAGACACAGUGUUAACUCAUUUCAUUUCCAGUUUCGCGUGUGGUCUGGCAGGUGCUUUAGCCUCCAAUCCAGUGGAUGUGGUGAGGACACGUAUGAUGAAUCAACGUGUUGUCGCAGGUAACCUUAUGUACAAGGGUACCCUGGACGGACUCAUGCAGACCUGGAAAAACGAAGGAUUUUUUGCUCUCUAUAAAGGCUUCUGGCCCAACUGGCUUCGUCUGGGGCCAUGGAACAUAAUUUUCUUCAUCACCUUUGAGCAGCUGAAGAAGCUUCCAUUGUAGAGCUGUGUGUAUGUGUCUGGGGCUUCUGUCCUUCAGCAUUUACCAUCCCUUCUCCGUCACGCACCUAUAAGUAUUUUUAUUUAAGAAUGAACAUGUAUUUUGUUCUCAUUUGCAUUGUACAUAAUUGACCUAUUUAAACAUACUUGUUUUUGAACCUGAAUGCUUUGUGUUUCACUCCUGGCAGCUAUGUUGUCCAUCACCGCCAUGUUCUCAGGCCCAGUGGUGUUUUCAUCAUAUAUGCUUGGUCAGAUAGGAGCAGCACUGGUGAAUAUUUGAGGUAAAGGGCUAUAGCUAAAACUGGAAACCAUGAGGCAUAGUUUCUCUACACUGGAUUGAGAGUCUAGAAUUAUAGCAUAAGUUACUAAAAAUACAUCCGCCAUGUGGGGGAUGCAAAGCAAUAGUUUAGUGUAGAACUGAAUGCAGUUGUUGAAUAUAAGCAGGGAUAUUUGAGGUCCACGCACUCCUAAUUAGACAUUGUCCUUAUUUAACAUGCAGACACCGCUUCAGUAAUGUAUGUAUUUUGCUUCAUCUUUAGACUGCAGAUAUGAUAGAAAUUGUAUGCAGCCCAAAUUAAUCCCAAAGGAACUAGUAAAGAGAGAUGUGGCCUCAUAUCCUGGAUCGUUGAGAUCAUUGGGCCUUAUUCAUAAAACAUGAGCCAAUUUCAAUGUAGCCUAAGUCUGUUCUUGUGCAAGUUUGUCACAUUUAAUUCAAAACUGCUCAGAAAUUGUUACGCUUAUAAGGCCCAACAUGUGCAGAAAGCUUAUUGUAUCCCAUAUUAUGUCAAGGACCUGUGAAAAGCUCCAUGAAAAUGGGUUAGAAGUUUGUUUGAACGCACAGAAUUCUAAACACUUGUGAUAUUGCACAAGUUUUUAUUUUAAUUUUUUUCAGUGAUGUCUUUAUUGCCAUGUACAUUUCAUUUGGGUGUGUGUGUGUGUGUGUGUUCUGAGAAGCACAUGUAAAAUGUCAAAUAUUUUGGCAGCCGUCAAAAUGUUUAAAUACUGCUACUGUUCUAUAGAAUAAAAUAUUAGCGCACAUAGUUUUUGUUUGUUCAUUUUCAACCACAUUUUGUAGAAAAGGGUGUCAUUUGCAUUUGUAUUGCUUGCCUCUUUGCCAAAGUGAACGUGUUUUAAACCAGAACUGCACUGAUGUUGCUGGUUUUUAAAAGUGACUUGUUAUUAUUGGGAGAGUACUGUUACAUAUUCAUCAUUGUAUGUCAUCAUAUUUCAAGCCUUAACACUUCCUGCUUUUAUAUUUAUGCCUUUGCCUGAUUAAAAAAAAAAAAAAAAAAUAUGGUGUGCUAGACAAACAUGAAGUGUUGUACUUCUGCUAUAAUUUACUGUCCGUAUUGUUCAUAACCUUUUAACAUGCAAAUCAGACUGUACUGUAAACUUCUAAGCAAACAUUCUUGCUUAAGUUAUAUGGUCAAGCUGUUCUUCAUAUGACUUUAAGGGGACACGUUUAAUGUAUGUAAUGCUUGGCUUAUUCACAGGAUUUUUAAUGUUCGUUAAAAUUGCUUUUUCCAAAACUUGGGAUUUUUCUAGAUUGGUGACUAAAGCAUGGUGCAUGAUAUGUUCCUCUCUAGAUAACUUUUUUUGAAAAUGCUAAUUUCAUUAUGUAGCAAAGACCAAGAACCACAUUAAACAAUGCGUCCGUGUUUUAACUUUAGUUUACUGUUAAGUCACUCACAGAUCAUAAGGAUGAGAACCUCUUAUGCUGUAUCUUAUACUCUCUCAGUAGUUUUUUUGUUUUUGCUCAAUUAUAAUUUUUUUACACUUUUAUUUACGCUUCUAUUAUAAGAAAGGUGCUUUUGUGUAGAGGUACGUUCAAUUUGUGGGCUGUGCGUUUGGAUGUAUAAUUGAAAUAAAGAUGAAUUUUUCUGACAAUACUGUUUUACAACUAGGGAAAAUUGUAGAACUUAUUACCCAAAUACAUUCGAUAAAUGAGAGCUACUGAAAAUGUGCAGAAUUAAAAGGAGUAUACAGUAUAUAUAUUUGGAAAUCAAAUAUUGAACAUUAAAUAUCAUAUCAUGUAAUGGCUUUAUUUUGUUUUAUUUCCCAGCUUGCAGCAAACAUUAAUAUAUUCUAUAAUCGCUUGCAAUUGCCAGUUUCUUUGUGAUCCACUCUUUUGGUUAAGUGUCUUUUGAUGUGAACAAACAUGAUUUAUGAUCUUUUGCUUGAAUAUACAAUGAAUUGUAUCAAGAAUGCUUUGUUUUCUUUUCUUUUUCUGUUUUGCUUUGUGUAAUGUAACUGUGCACCUUGAUAAUAAAUACGAGGUUCAGUGAAA